GUUGCCGGCAGGAAGCCUGCGAGGUCGGUUCCGCCCGACUCUAAUAUGGCGGCGCCCUUUGUCUGCUCUGAGGCGCCGUCCUCGGUCUCCUCGCGAGCGUGAUGCACCUCCCGCGGCGGUGAGGCUCAGGACAUGGCAGGUAAUGAGCUGGAGGAGGAGAGCCGAGCCGGAGUGUACACAGAAGCCUUGUCGGAGAAGAGCAGCUUGGGCUACCUGGAAAUCUGAGCCAUGGAUUUCCCCCAGCACAGCCAGCACGUCUUGGAGCAGCUGAAUCAGCAGCGGCAGCUGGGGCUUCUGUGUGACUGCACUUUUGUGGUGGACGGUGUUGACUUCAAGGCUCAUAAGGCAGUGCUGGCGGCCUGCAGCGAGUACCUGAAGAUGCUCUUCGUGGACCAGAAGGACGUGGUUCACCUGGACAUCAGUAACGCGGCAGGCCUGGGGCAGGUGCUGGAGUUUAUGUACACAGCGAAGCUGAGCCUGAACUCCGAGAAUGUGGACGACGUGCUGGCCGUGGCCAGCUUCCUGCAGAUGCAGGACAUCAUCACAGCCUGUCAUUCCCUGAAGUCACUCGCAGAGCCUGCCACCAGCCCGGGGGGGCACCCAGAGAGCGCGGCCACGGAAGGGGCUGACAGGAGAGCCAAAGAGGAGAAAAGUGCUGUCGCCACACUGAGCGAGCUGGGCCCAGCCAGGAGCAGCCCCCCCACGGGCCCAGGCCGGGAGCCCAAAGAGGAGAGAGGGGGUCAGGCCGAGAGUGCGGCCAGCGGCGCAGAGCAGACGGAGAAGGCUGACGCCCCCCGGGAGCCGCCUGCCGACCUCAAGCCCGACCCCACGAGCAGCAUGACGGCCGCUGAGGCCGAGGCCGCCCUGUCGGAGAGCUCAGAGCAAGAGAUGGAGGUGGAGCCCGCCCGGAAAGGAGAAGAGCAGGAGCCGCAGGAGGAGGAGGAGGAGGAGGAAGAGGAGGAGGAAGAGGAGGAGGAGGAGGGGGGCGCCCUGCCUGCUGUGCUGGAGGCAGCGGGGCUGCGGCUGGAGAAGGGCGAGGCCCCCGAGGAGAGCGAGGAGUCGGCCAGCACGGACUCGGGCCAGGAGCUGGGCGCCGAGGCGCGGGGCCUGCGCUCGAGCACCUACGGCGACCGCACCGAGUCCAAGGCCUACGGCUCGGUCAUCCACAAGUGUGAGGACUGCGGGAAGGAAUUCACGCACACCGGCAACUUCAAGCGCCACAUCCGCAUCCACACGGGCGAGAAGCCCUUCUCGUGCCGCGAGUGCAGCAAGGCCUUCUCGGACCCCGCCGCCUGCAAGGCGCACGAGAAGACCCACAGCCCCCUGAAGCCCUACAGCUGCGAGGAGUGCGGCAAGAGCUACCGGCUCAUCAGCCUGCUCAACCUGCACAAGAAGCGGCACUCGGGCGAGGCGCGCCACCGCUGCGAGGACUGCGGCAAGCUCUUCACCACCUCGGGCAACCUCAAGCGGCACCAGCUGGUGCACAGCGGUGAGAAGCCCUACCGGUGCGACUACUGCGGCCGCUCCUUCUCUGACCCCACGUCCAAGAUGCGCCACCUGGAGACGCACGACACCGACAAGGAACACAAGUGCCCGCACUGCGACAAGAAGUUCAACCAGGUGGGGAACCUGAAGGCCCACCUGAAGAUCCACAUCGCGGACGGGCCCCUCAAGUGUCGAGAGUGUGGCAAGCAGUUCACCACCUCAGGGAACCUGAAGCGGCAUCUCCGGAUCCACAGCGGGGAGAAGCCCUACGUGUGCAUGCACUGCCAGCGGCAGUUCGCCGACCCCGGGGCCCUGCAGCGGCACGUCCGGAUCCACACGGGCGAGAAGCCGUGCCAGUGCGUCAUGUGCGGCAAGGCCUUCACCCAGGCCAGCUCCCUCAUCGCGCACGUGCGCCAGCACACCGGGGAGAAGCCCUACGUCUGCGAGCGCUGCGGCAAGAGGUUCGUGCAGUCCAGCCAGCUGGCCAAUCACAUCCGCCACCACGACAACAUCCGGCCCCACAAGUGCAGCGUGUGCAGCAAGGCCUUCGUGAACGUGGGCGACCUGUCUAAGCACAUCAUCAUCCACACCGGAGAGAAGCCUUACCUGUGUGACAAGUGCGGCCGCGGCUUCAACCGUGUGGACAACCUGCGCUCCCACGUGAAGACCGUGCACCAGGGCAAGGCGGGCAUCAAAAUCCUGGAGCCAGAGGAGGGCGGCGAGGUCAGCGUGGUGACCGUCGACGACAUGGUCACGUUAGCCACUGAGGCGCUGGCGGCAACGGCCGUUGCCCAGCUCACAGUGGUGCCCGUGGGGGCCGCAGUGACUGCAGAUGAGACGGAAGUGCUGAAAGCGGAGAUCAGCAAAGCUGUGAAGCAAGUCCAGGAGGAAGACCCUAACACGCACAUCCUCUAUGCCUGCGACUCCUGCGGGGACAAGUUCCUGGAUGCCAACAGCCUGGCCCAGCACGUGCGGAUCCACACGGCGCAGGCACUGGUCAUGUUCCAGACAGACGCGGACUUCUACCAGCAGUACGGGCCGGUGCUGCAGGCUGGGGAGCUGCUCUUCCGCCCCCGGGACGGGGCCGACGGCCAGCCCGCUCUGGCGGAGACGCCCUCUGCAGCCCCCGAGUGCCCCCCGCCGCCUGCGGAAUGAGCAGGCCCCCUCCUCGCGACUGUUUAUUUAAGGAGGGAUGGUGCCCUAGGACCGAGGGGGGUGGCCCUCUCUCCAGAGAAUAAAUCGGUCAUUUUCUAAUGCCGCCUACAGCUCCCAGGGGACUGGGGUGGGAAGCCGGCCCCACGGAAAGGCCAGGCCGCUGCUUGAGGAAGCCGGGCGGCCCUCCUAGAGCGGAUCAGGGCCCAGGACCGUCCAGAACCAGCGGGUGUGGGCAGCACCGGGGCGGCCUGGCUCCGCUCUAGUCUUCCCCUGGAGGCCUGUGGCCUGUUCAGCCACGGAGCAGAGCUGUGCCCAGGAGGUGGGGCCAGCAGUGGCUGCCAGCUGCUUGCUCACCUCUGGCCGGGAUCCGGCCAGAUCCAUGCCCAGAGCGGCGCGGGAGGGAGGCCAUGGGUGCAGUUUCCACGUGCCGCGGGGGGAGGAGGGCUCCACACAAGGGCUCCGGCCAGGCCAGCGUCGCCUGCCAGGUCCCGAGGGUCAGGUCUAAGGAGACAGGAGCUCAGAUGGGAUAGAGGCGGGCACAGCUCUGCUUCAGCUAAGGCGGCGAGCACAUUGGGCACCUGUCGGGAAGAUAGAUGCCAUCUUGGCCCCUUUUCUAGUCUGCCCCCCCGAGCUGUAGUCCCUCAGACAGAACCGAGAAAACCGACUUCUUUCACCAAAAGCAGAGGGAGACCACCAGCUUCAUGCCCCUGGUGUUCUAGUCUCCCCGGCUUGUGAACCCAACUGCAGGGGGAGCCCGAGCCCCCACCCCCAGGCCAGGCCGGGCGGGGGGGUGGGGGGGGGGAAGCCUUACCCAGAGGAGGGUGCCCAGGCCUAGACACCAGAGCUGGCCUACCGGGCCCCCGGAGGGGAUGGAAUGUAUUUUGUAUCCAAAUUUGAAGUGCCUUCCACACUAGCCAGGAGCCAGUCAGGAUCUUAGCCGUGUCAGAGACACAUCACAUUAAAAAACGGCUCACGCUCAGCGUCCGUGCUGAAGUUCUGUAACGUGAAGUUCCCUUGGGGAGGGUGUAAGUGGCAGGGAGACCGGCCCCACAGCUAGACUUGGCAGGGAGAGAGUGAGUGUGAUGACAGCUUUCCCCCGACGUCAGCAACCCACGGUCUUCCCCACAAGUGACAAUCAUACACACUUGACGUGUUUUGUAUUUUUUAAUAAAGUUUGUAAUCCAAUGGACACACAAAACAA